ACUGCUCUUCUCCUCAGCUGAGCUGCGAAUAGCGAUGUUUCGGUUUUGGGUUGGGGGUUGCUGUUGGUGAUUCAGAAGUGCAAUUUUUGUAUUUUUAUUUAGGUUUACGUUUGUUGUCAUCAGGUUCUGGUUAAAAUUUACUUUGUUAUUUGCCAAAUGGCCCAGUUUGCCAAAUCUCGAUUCGUCCCUACGCCACCGGAAAAGGGGAGUUUCCCUUUGGAUCAUGAGGGUGUCUGCAAGGAUCUGAUGAAAAAAUACAUGACGUGUUUGUCCGUAAACAAACAAGACAAUACUCAGUGUCGAGAAGAGAUUAAAACAUACUUGGAUUGUCGAAUGAAAAACAACUUGAUGGCAACAGAAGGGUGGAAGUCACUAGGCUUAGACGACGUAGGCUCAGAUGUGCAAGUUGUCCAGAAGUGA